UCCCGGGCUCCGCCCUGCGCUUUUUCCUCUCGCCUGCCGCCGCCGCCGCGUCCCGGAGAGAAAAAAACGUCCGAGGCAAAAGCGGCUUCGACAAGCCCGACGCGCGUCCGGCCUGCGGAACGGAGCCUUCUCGAGCGCUAGGACCUGGCCACGGCGCCUCAGGGGCGAGGUGCCAUUGCCGCUGCUGCCGCCGCCACUGCCGCUUCCUCCGAGCCCCGCGUGGGCGGGUGGGCGGCUCGAAUUACGUCGCCGAGCCGAGCCCCCUCCGCUCCGCAGACCCUUUUCGCCGCGUCCGAGGAAAGGGAAGCAGCUUCGAGCUUCGUUUUUAUCGGGACGGCUCCCUCCUCAGCUACCCCGGGGGAUUUUUUUUUUCCUCUCCGCUUCGCCGCGGCGGAUACAUGGGCCACCAUUAGGACCCAGAGACGUUUGCUAUGAUUUGGGCAGCCGUAGGCCCUCCCUCGAUCUGCUAUACUUCCAGUACUCCUGUGCAGGUACUGGAAGGCACUGACUAUCUUCAUACAGAUCCUCAUCUGUUUGGCAAUAGGCAAGAUGGUUCCCCAUUAAUGGUAGAAGCGGUCAAUAAUAUUGAAGCUGAAGACCCUUUGUUUACCUUCUACCCACCAAGCUUUCUCCAGGCCUCAGAGGUGGAAAUGAGAGGUUCUGAGGAUGUUGUCCCUGGCACUGUUUUACAGCGGUUGAUCCAGGAGUUGCGUUAUGGCAACCCCAACGAGAAUAUGAACCUGCUGACUCUCCAGCACCAAGCUACGGGGAGCUCAGGACCCUCCAACUCCACUGCCAGCAGCACCCUGUCUUCUUCUGUGGAAAACCUUGUGCCGGAAGACCCACAAAUGGUCCAGCAGUCAGCACGGCAGGAACCACAAGGCCAGGAACAUCAAGGGGAUAAUACGGCAAUGGAGAAACAGACCAGAGGCUCGCAGCCUCAGCAGAACAACGAAGAAUUGCCUUCUUAUGAAGAAGCCAAAGCUCAGUCUCAGUUUUUUAGAAGUCAGCAGCCCAGUGUCGUUGGGCCCAGUUUCUACAUGGCCAGCAGCACUGGGCCAAAAUCUAAAACAGAAGGUAGGCCAACUUUGGCCCGUGCCAACAGUGGGCAGGCCCACAAGGAUGAAGCCCUGAAGGAACUGAAACAAGGCCACGUGCGCUCCUUGAGCGAGAGGAUCAUGCAGCUCUCCUUGGAAAGGAAUGGGGCCAAACAGCUUCUUCCUUGCUCGGGAAGAAGCAAAGGGUUCAAAUCCAGCGGGCCUUCCUCUUCCCCGGCCCCCAAUAAAGGCAUGGAUCUGAGAGGCCCCCCUCCAGAUUAUCCAUUUAAGAUCAAGCAGGGGGGCUCUCCAGGAAGCAAAAGUCAAGAGCCGGGUGUGUUUUUUAAUGAGCAUUCCGGAACAAUUCAAGAAAUGACAAAGGCCUCCUAUUCAGUGUCACAGCCAGCGAGGAGCGAAGUAGCUAUUGUCCGAUAUCAGGGUCCCCCAGAAUAUGGUGUCACCAGUCGUCAAUGCGCAUCGUCUUUUCCAUCACUGCCAACACCCCAGGAGCACAGCCCACUGUCCUCCCAGACCUCCUCGCUUAGCGGCCCCCUGCACUCCGCGUCUCUGCCGCCUCUCUCAAUGGCCACAGCGUCCCAGUCUCUGCCCGCAAGUCCGCCUAGCCAGCAGCCCCUCACACCAGAUGCCUUCACGAUAGUACAGCGCGCCCAGCAAAUGGUGGAGAUGUUGUCUGAAGAUAAUGAAGCCCUGCAGAAGGAGCUGAAGGGCUACUACGAGAAAGCAGACAAGCUUCAGAAGUUUGAAAUGGAAAUUCAGAGGAUUUCAGAAGCUUAUGAGGACCUGGUGAAAAUCACCACCAAGAGAGAGUCACUAGACAAGGCGAUGCGAAACAAACUUGAAAGUGAAAUCAGAAGACUCCAUGAUUUCAACAGGGACUUGCAUGACCGACUGGAGACUGCAAAUAGGCAACUGGCCAGCCGAGAGUUUGAGGGACAUGAAAAUAAGGCAACAGAGGAUCUUUAUGCCUCUCAGAACAAAGAGUAUUUGAAGGAGAAGGAGAAGCUAGAAAUGGACUUGACGGCCUUGCGCUUGACCAAUGAGGAGCAUCGAAGGCACAUUGAGAUCCUGGAUCAGGCUCUGAACAGCGCCCAAGCCAAAGUCAUCAAAUUAGAAGCAGAGCUACGGAAGAAGCAAGCACAUGUCGAGAAGGUAGAGAAACUCCAGCAGGCCUUGACCCAACUUCAGGCAGCCUAUGAGAAGAGAGAGCAGAUGGAGCAUCGGUUACGCACCAGGCUGGAAAGAGAGUUGGAAUCUCUGAGGCUGCAACAGAAACAAGGGAAUUACCAAGCAGCCCCUGUGCCUGAGUACAACGUCCCAGCCUUAAUGGAGUUAGUGCGGGAGAAGGACGAGAGGAUCCUGGCUUUGGAAGCCGACAUGACCAAGUGGGAGCAGAAGUACCUCGAGGAGAGCACCAUCCGGCACUUUGCCAUGAAUGCUGCAGCUACAGCUGCCACAGAAAAAGAUACUUUGGCCACCAACCACUCCCGCAGUGGCAGCUACAGUGAGAGUUCCCUGGAAGUCCGCAUAUGGCAGGAAGAACAGGAGACGAUGCAAAACACCCAAAAGUGUCAGGACAUGGAAUACACAAUAAAGAAUCUGUAUGCAAAAAUCAUUGAGAAAGAUGCCAUGAUCAAGGUCCUUCAGCAGCGAUCCAGGAAAGAUACCAGCAAAGGAGAUUCUGCAAGUUUGCGACCCGCUCAGUCGGUGCCAUCGAUAGCUGCUGCUACCGGAACGCACUCCCGUCAGACCUCCCUUAACCACACUCAGGGCGUUGAGGAGAAGAAAGAGGAGAAGUCCUGGAAAGAAAGCAUUGGUUUGCUGUUAGGGAAAGACACUUCUGAGCAGCCACCCAUCCCUUCGUUGACCCUUCCAACUCCUUCUUUGUCCUCUACAAUGUCUUCAUGGCCAGUCACCAUCUGCCAUGCUAAAAUGGGCAGCAAAGACAACAGCACCCAGACGGACAAAGGCACAGAGCUUUUCUGGCCGACUGCAGCUUCUUUUCCGGGUAGAGGGAAGCUGAGUCACUGUUCCGUCAGCAGUCCAGCCCUGAGGCACAUCACAGGCAAAAAUUCUGGGGAGAAACCAGAAAACUCUUCCAGCUGUGGGAAGCUCCUGGACAGCAGCAGAAGCAGAGUUAGCCAACUGCUUCACAAGCCUGAAUUUCCAGAUCCAGAUAUGAUGGAAGUCCUUAUUUGAAGCCAUCGAGCUUUUGCUGCUUUUGGGGGAAAGCACCUCUUCACCCUGGAGAGAGAGAGGAAAAAAAAGGGGGGGGUGUUGUUUUCAUUGCUGCGCUUGAAUUAAAAAUCGUGGAGGACACCACAAAGUUGGACCAAGAAAGUUUGAACCUAGAAGAAAACUCCAGGUGAAUCUGAGUUGAGGAGAGCAAGAGGACUCAGAAUGCUGGAGAUAGAACAUUUGGGAGGUCUGCUAUGUACAGUGAACCAUGCUGUGGAUUUGGAGGGGUGGGGAAAGUCAAGACAUUAUAGGAAUCAGAGGACGUUUCUAUGGAGGAUGUGUUUGAUGUGCCAGGAGCUGUUCUCCAACCACCUAACUGGUAUCCUCAUUGGGUGGUAGGUUGUCCACAUGGACUUUUUUGACUUGUAUUUGCAAUUCUUGGGUGAGGGAGCAGGACUUCCAAAUAUCAUUCUUUUAGCUGCUACCUUCUUCCUGCUUUUCCUUUUUGAUCCCUCCAUCACCUGGGUUUGCUUCUACUGUUUGUCAAUCAGUCCGACGUAGAUCUCUGGUAGAACAACAUUUAGACAGGUUAAUCCUAAAUUAUUUCCGUGAUCUCUGGGUCUACAGAGGUCCCUGACUGCUGUUGACAGCAGAGGAAAAUGGAUUGAGAUCUGGGUGUUCAAUGCACGAGAGCCACGAUUUUCUGAUCUUAUUCCGUAAGAUCAUCUGCAUUAUGAAAGUAAGCAACCAGUGAACAAAUCAACCGAAAGAUCUCCAGUUCCUUCAAAUUUAAUUUAUUCUGGCUGUGUCAGACCUCAGCUCAUUUAGGCCUAAAAUUAAUAAUCCCCAGAAGCAUCAAAUGAGAUUUCUUCCCUGGAUUCAUAGCAAAGAUGCACCCACAGCAAAAUCCCCGACGGAGACCACUCCAUCCAGAGGUCAUGCAUCUGAACAAGUCAAGUGUGAAGAUAACACAUCUUAGGAUCAGCUUCACUGACUUUCCAUUAGAUCUAUUUAUGACCUGGUGCUAGAUAAGGUGUCUUUGAGUCUCUGCCAUAAGCUGGAAUGUUGAAAGAGUCAUAAUAUAAUGUAGGAAGUAGUUAACACAGUGGUCCCUUCCAGAUGGGGCCCAAUAUGCAGCUGUUUUAGUAUUCUCCUCUCUUGUGUAGUAUAGUGCCGGCUAUGUUGUACUCUUUCUGAAGAAAAGUGUGCCUGUGUACCUUGGUAAGAGUCCUUAGUCCAUGUAGCAGUGUUCUGAUUUUGCUCUGACUCACGAACUUUCCUCUUCGUCAGAUGUUAGUUGAAAACAAAACGCCUCCCAAGGCUUGUAGUAGAUGCUACUUCCCGGAGUAUCUGUAGAUAGUAAGGUUAUGCAAAUUUCUUUUUCCUCUUUCCCUUCUUCCUCUAUAGACCAGAGAGACAGUCUUACUGCCUCUUGUUACAGACAUGUUUUAAAUCCAAGGCAGGGAGGCCCUUGUUCUCUUUGGCAAAAAGCCCCAAAUGCAUUGAGGCCCAGUUUUAUGUUUUAUCCAAAGCAUAAAUAGCAGGUUCUCGAAUUCUGACUCUCUGUGGUCAAAUUUCUCUCCACAGACGAUAAAGGCAAAGACGUACACCGGGACUCUAUGUAGUGUUGCUCGCUCAUUGUUGUUUCUGAGGGGCAAAAAAUGGCAAACUAGAAGAGAAUUAGUCUAAAAACAGCUUCUUUAUAUAUUUAUAUGUAUGUACACUUAGACGUACAUGCCUUGCCACAUUUCGUUAAAGACCAGGCCUUCUAUUUAUAACUUCCCAACGGUACAUUUACGUCCAAGACUCCACUUGCAAACAAGGGGUGAAUUGUUACCAUCCUUUUGUGUGUGCAAACUGCAGGCAGCUUUCCCAAGCCAAAAUAAUCAGGACAUUAAAAUCUUGUUAAUCUGGCUGCAUGCAAAAUAAUAAUAAUGUGACUGUAGAUUUUUAGAUGCCAAAAUAUGAAGGCCCCAGAGUCUAAGCAAAGUAGGUGGGGCCAAAACCUAUGGGUCUUUUUUUGCAC